AGUGCAAAUGAUUUGUAAACUCCAAUUGAUCAUUUACUUCUUUGUUCUUCUUCUUCAUCCACUAGCAUCAGCUUCUAGCUCGGCUCAUAAACCAGGCUGCCCUGCCCGAUGCGGAAAAGUAACGAUUCCGUAUCCGUUUGGAGUCGGGUUGGGUUGCUCACUCGGGUCAUCAUUUAACAUCUCUUGCAAUACUUCCACCACCCCUCCCAAACCUUACAUUUACAUUGGUGACAGUGAUACCCCUUUCGAAGUGGUCGAAAUAAGAGUUGAUGACCCGGCCCAUAUUCGGAUCAAGUACCCGUUCCUUCUGUACACUGCUUGCUACAACAAAUCUUCAGGAAUGUUGUGGGAUUUCAACCGUAUUAAUCUGUUGUCGACCCAAUAUACAUUGUCGGAAGACAACUGGAUUACCGCCAUUGGCUGCGAUGAUGCUAUGACGACCACCACAUACAUAGGUGACAGCGACCAAGCAAUCCGUGACGGCUGCAUAAGCAUCUGUUUUGACGAUCACGGUUCAUACGGAACUUGCCCCAGAAAUGGCGACGGGAAUUCCAGAGGUGACGGCUGUUGCCGGUCACCCGUUCCCAAAGGUGCUUCGUACCUUUCCGCGAGUUUAACAGACUUGAGUAGAAGCUGGAAUAGUACAAGGGUUUUCUCUUGCAGCUAUGCCUUUGUCAGGGAGAAGGGAAGCCGGGUAAACUCGCAGUAUUCAUAUGACUACUCCAUCCUCAACCAAAACAAUACGGCGAUCUUACAUGAUUAUCAUGUGGUGCGCUUGGACUGGAGGCUCGGCAACCAGAAUUGCUCCAAAACACCGCGGAAUUCUAGUUUUGCUUGCCAGCCUAACGCUCAAUGUGUUGAUUUUGGUGCUAAUGUUGGGGGAUACCUCUGCAAAUGCUCCAAAGGAUUCCAAGGCAAUCCAUACCUCGACUCUAGCUGUCGAGAUAUUGAUGAAUGUGCCAAUAGAACUCUUGAUCCAUGUGUUGUUAAUUCCAAGUGCAUCAACACUCAUGGCUCUGCCAACUGCUCUUGCAAAAAAGGCUAUUAUGGUGAUGGAAUGAAAAACGGAAAAGGUUGCACACUUUUGCCAACUUCCAAUAUAGCAAAAUUUGUUGUAAUAGGUCUAGCCUCUGCUUUGGGACUUCUAUUGCUUCUUUUGUUAUGUUUUUGGUUGCAUAAGGUGUUUGAGAAGAAAAAGAAAAAAAUCCGCAAAGAAAAAUUCUUCAAACACCUUGCGUCGCAACAACAAACAAGCGAGGGCGCAUUUGGGAAAACCAAACUUUUCACCACAAAAGAAUUGGAGAAGGCCACCGAUCAUUUUAAUGAAAGCCGCAUAUGUGGACGAGGAGGGCAAGGCAUCGUCUACAAAGGUAUGUUGUCUGAUGGUACUAUUGUAGCCAUCAAGAAACUAAAGGAGGUUGAUGAGAAUCAAGUGGAACAGUUCAUAAAUGAGGUUGUGAUACUAUCACAAAUCAAUCAUAAGAAUGUGGUUAGAUUAUUAGGAUGUUGUUUGGCGACUAAUGCUCCUCAACUUGUAUAUGAGUUCUUACCAAACGGAACCCUCUUCGAUUUUAUUCAUCACCCCAAAAUCGAAUUCCCACUUACAUGGAACAUGCGACUGAAAAUAGCUGCAGAUGUAGCAGGGGCAUUGGCUUAUUUACACUUUGCAUCUUCUACACCCAUUUAUCAUAGAGAUAUCAAGUCCACUAAUAUCCUUUUAGAUGAAAAGUAUAUUGUCAAAGUAUCAGAUUUUGGAAUUUCUAAACUUGUCCAAGUAGAUCAGACUCAUUUAACCACGCUGGUUAAAGGAACAUUUGGGUAUUUAGAUCCAGAGUAUUACGAAACAAGUCAAUACACGGAAAAGAGUGAUGUUUAUAGCUUUGGUGUGGUUCUUCUCGAACUUCUAACAAGUCAAAGACCAAUAUCUUUGGAGAGGCCUGAAAUGGGAAGAAAUCUAGCAGCACAUUUCCUUUCCUACAUGGAAGCAGACAAUCUUGAAGCCAUUUUAGACACUCAAGUUUCCGAGGAAGGUGCUAAGGAGGAGGUUAUAGCAGUUGCAAGGCUUGCAAGAAGAUGUUUAAAUGUUAAGGGGAAAAUGAGGCCAACCAUGAAGGAAGUGGCCACAGAAUUGGAAAGCUUAAUGAUAUCUCAAAUUCCUAAGCCUGAAGAAGCAACAGUGUCUGAAGCCAAGCACAUGAUGUUUUCAGACAUUGAGUACACUUGGACAGCCAGUGAUCAUACUUCAUGAUUGAAUGCAUUAUGUCCAAAGGUGUGUGAUACUCUAUUAUUAAUGCCAAUUUUAUGAUUGUUUAUAAUUUAAGAUUGUAUUUCAUUUUCUAUUUUGUGGAACCAGCUGCUCCUUUUCCUUUUAUUUUUCUUUUGUUCUAUGUCAUAAAAGUUAUUCCAUUA